UUCAGCUAGUCGAUUUUUUUUUCGUCAGAAGGGGCAACGUCUCUUUUUUAUCUUCCGUUUACAGAAACCAAAAUAACAAAAUCUGGUUUAUCUCUACUGUCGUAAUGGCGUCCAAGUUCCCAACAGAAAGAGGUGAAAAAGUCAAGCUGCGAACAAGGAAAGGUCAUGACAUGACCUGGUCAUGUGACAAGCAUGGUGAGCCAAUCAAAUUGUACUGUGUACAACAUGGAAUUUCUGUUUGUCAAGUUUGCGCUGUCAAAAGUCAUCAGAAGCCAUGCGAGCUAGACGACAUCGAGGAUGUGAUCUUCGAGAGGAGGGGGAAGCUGGAAGAAAAACAGCCUCAGAUAGAGAAAAUGAAACUGCUACUUCGGAAGGUCGAAUCCGAAAUAGAAGCCGUUGCGACGUCAUCAGAAAAGCACUUUGGCACGGUUACUGAAGAUCUGCAAGCGACAUUCCUUGACAAAUUGAAGGGCAUAGGAGAGAAACACGUGACCUUGGUGCAGAAGAUAAACAAUGAGGCUAAUGAUGAAAUACGACUCAUUAAUGAGAAGAGAGAACAGCGGAUCGAGUCAUCAUACGUCGAGAGAGAAAAGGAGGAAAAUGUCAUCAAAGUAAAGGAAGCAAAGGUUUUAUCAGAUCUGAAGGGGAUAAGCGAAAUCGUUUCUAAAAAGAUUAAUGAUCUUACUUGUAAGAUAAGACACGCAAUAAACACUAUGAAAAAUAUCGAAUCAAGUAUUACGCGGAUUAACAAACAUGAUGAAACGUUGGUGAAUGAAGCCCCUCAAGUACUUGCAUCCAUUGAUGAACAGUUAGGUUUGAACGUCCAUCAAGAUGUAAGUGAUAGCCUUGAAAGAAUGCAGGAUGAAAUCAAGAGAGUGGCAUUUGCUGAAGGUGUAAUUGGCGGGGAAUUCUACGGUAGGGUGGAUGGUUUCAUUGGUAAAUGGAAACUUGUCCAGUCGAUUCAUAUUCCAGACAAUGUGAAGUACCCAAGGAUGCGUGCUUUGAUCAGUGAGGGUGUGGUGUGUCUGUUGGGCAAAGAGGCCAUGCAUAUCAUAAACAUCAACAAGGGACAUAUUGAGGAAGUAAUUCAUGGAUUGAAUAGUAGGGACAUUGCAUCAUGCGCCGCCAUAGAUGGCAACGUAAUAGUUUGUGGUACGAGGAAAUUGGUCACCCUCUAUGACAGACAACUGAAGGCGACUAGAGGUAUCAGCAUACCAGGAAAUGAACUUUCUAGUGGCACGUAUGUUGAUGUUGACAGGGAUGGAAUGAUCCUCGCUGCUCAGUACGGUCAAUCUCACAUCUACGUCAUCAAUCCUCUUGAUAGUAAGAUAGUUAGAACCAUUACGAUGGAGCGGAAGAUGAUUCGGGGUGAGAUACAAGCCUUAUCUUCGGGCGACAUCGUUGUAAAUACAGGUAUUGCUGACUUUACUGUAAUCUCACGAUCGGGGGAAGAGAAGGCUGCCAUACACUCUGAUGAUUGGGCGUGGUCCUGGUGUUAUGUCGACAAACUGACUGACGCCCUCUACAUCUUGCAAAGGCAAGGGCGGGAAAGACCGCAAAAAAUCGCCGUUGUUGAUCAGGUGUCACGUGACGGUAUCCUCCAGGCGAGCGGCAUUGUGGAAUUCGAGAGAUCAAGGCGUACAUUCUCGGCGACGCCCUCUUGCGUUUCUACUCCUUUGGGGAACCUUGUAUGCUGUGAUGGCAACAACCUUCUGGUGUAUAAAAAGGAUUUUCACGUGUAAUCGUGUAAUUGUUUCACGUGUAAAAUCAAAAGAAUUAUCGAACGAGCGGGCUAUCAUUCAUGCCUAUUCAUACCCGGCGAAUUAUGAUUGGUGAUAAUGUUCUCCAGUUAGUUUAAAGCUAUUGACAUUUAUGUAGCAUUUAGAAAUGAUUUUUAACAUUAAAAUGGAAAGCAACGAUGAUGCUUCAGUAUGUAUGUAUAACGUUGUUUCAAGGGGGCUGUUCAAGCCCAUAAACAAUCUUGUUUAAAUGAAAAGGGAAAUCUCAGAAACAUUAGGCACCAUAUUCCAUCAAAACUUGGAUAUAAAAUAAGAGAGCAAUGACAUUUUGAAAUUGGGAGAAGCGCAUCCUACUUGGCUCAAAAGAACUUGGGCUUGUUUCAUAAGACUAAUUAUUAUGAAAAAUUUGCAAUAAUAGUAAAAGCUAUUGAAAUUCUUCUAUUUGAUUGGCUGAUAGUAAACAUGUUAUAGAUAUACUGACUUUGUGAAACGGGACCUUUAUCCUUUUAAGGCAUACACCGCCGAGUGGACAAACGAAAAAUUCGAAAGAAAUGUUAAAUCAAUUUCAAAAUCGACUUGUUCAUCGGUGCGUCAUCCUUUGCAGAUCCCAUGAAGUUUUCAAAUAAAGAAGGGGAAAAAGUAUUCUUAUAUUGGUGUACAAAUUAUUAUGCAAUAUAAAUCUUUUUACAAUGCAGAAUAAGAAAUUAAACUCGGUUUCCUCUUUUGUGAGACGCAAGGUUCAUACAUUUGAAAAUUUCAAUCUGACGAUUUGCCGUUGAAUAUAUUAGCAUUUGCUUUCAUGUUAGUUAAUUUCUUGACCCUGCAAAAUGACGCACACCACUAAUAGGAUCCGGCAAUUCUGGAAUCCCCGUACCUAAAAUGACGUAAUAGUUGGAAAAAUAUUCAUAUAAAAUCAACGGUGCAUGUCUCAGCAUUUUUUCAUAUGGGCAUAGAGAGGGAUUACUACUGGAUAUGUUCAGUCCCAUUUGUCAAUGCUGGAUUUUAUGGGACCUUAAUUAUUUGCCCAAGAAACCCUGUGAGCAGUGUGACUGCUCCGAAGUUUGCAUGUAGUCUUGGUUCAAGCCCCUGUAGCGCGAAAAAAUGCUGAAAAACACCUUUUCAUAUAUAUCUUUAGCGCUUGAUGGAUAUUGGAUGAACUACCAAAUGAUGAAAGUGUGGAUGAUGUCGUUAUCAAGACUUAUUUUUUGCGAUUUUUUUUUUUAAAAUCUCAUUUUUAACACAUGAGUCUAUGGGGAAAUAGUUAGUGGUGUGUGCCCCAAAUGACGAUAGUGGUGGCCAAAAGACGAAUAAUAUACCCAAAAAAAUCCAAUCACCAAUUUGUAAAAUCGGGUGGUGAAGCCAAAUAGGAGUUUGUAAAUAUGAUGGCAAAUGUAGUUUUUAUAUAGCGAACGGUCAUGUCUGAUCUUAGUGAACAUGCCUAUAAAGUAUUAAUUGACAAAUAACAAUUCCAUGAUUUUAACAGUUAUAGAUGUGAGUAAUCGGUUAAUUAUAAUACGAUUGGCUUCCCUAAACUGUUAUCAUUUCUCCGUAAUAUCAGAUAUCUAAAUGAGUUGGUUAUCCAUUGGCAGAGUCAAGCGAUCGAAGGCAUUGCUCUUUGUGUGUUUAUUAUGAUAUCAUUUCGUAUGCUUUUUCUAUCGUUUAUUGCCAAAAUAUAAUAACAAUCAUGUAUAUGGCUAAUAAUGUUAUUGAUGUAGUUUCAUUAAAAAUUAAAAGAAGAUAUUAUUUCAAGCUAAAUAGCUAGUGUUUGUCGCAUAGUUGAUACACAUAUUGGGUAAAACUUUUACCACCACGAUGGUAAUUAUGUGUCUAACCAAUUUAGGACAGUAUUUUACCAAAUGCGUGAAGCAUAUUAUUCAGUAAGGCUAAACAAAAAUCAGCAAUUACUUUAGAGUGGGCAAAAGUUUUCAUCACAUUAGAGAUGCCUCAAAGAAAUGUCUUAUUUUGAUUGGACACAUAAUUACCCUCACGCAGUAUUUUCACCCGAUAUGUUUAAGAGUUUACCCAUACAUUUCCUCUAAUCUCAGGUUGUUCUUCCCCCGAUAUUCAAGGAUCAGCGGAUAUCUACUUAUCCGCAGGUUGGUUAUUGUAUAAAGCUGCACACCCUUAAAAGAUGUUGGGCAACAUACUGUUUCUCUAGACAAUUGAAG